AUGUCAAAUCUAUCCAAACGUCAACGACGUUCUCGGGUCGCCUGUGAACCAUGCCGGGAUCGCAAGAGAAAAUGCGAUGGUCACCAACCCUGUGAAACUUGCAGGGAAUUCGAGUACGAGUGCUACUAUGAUAUUAGCGCACGUAAAAAGAGAAACAAAAAUCAUUUCUUAAAUACGGCAUCCACCACGCCAGCACAGGCGCUACAACAAGCUUCACCUUUGCUCGAGACACCACCAUCACCACGAGCUGAGACUCCAGAUGAGUUUGAUACAGCUAUACCACCUCAAUCUUUGGAGUCAAAUUCUGGGGCAGCCUUUGUGAGGGGGUUGGCGUUGAAAAUCGACCCUGUCAAUGCACCCGAGCCGCAAUUCUUUGCUUGGAAUCUCGGUGUCCGACAAUUACCUGGAACCUUUGGCUCCCUAGAUAUCAUCGAUAUCAUUUCAAAGGAUGAUUUGGUCAUGUUGGCAAGAGUUUACUUUGAAAAAGUAGACACUUACUACGGUUUCAUUGACCAGGAAACGUUCUUUGGAUAUCUUGAUUCGAGAUGGUCUUCGCAGACUACCGUGACGCCAUACGACGCUGUUCUAUGCGGAGUCGCUGCUAUUGGUUAUUUGUUCACUCGUAAGAAACCCGUUGCAGCAGAAUUACACUUGGCAGAGUCAGCGCGCACCACUCUUGAGCAGUUUUCCAUGUCUGGAAUACCUUCCUUGGCACUCAUAACUGGUUGGGCCCUGAGACUAUUCUAUUUACGGUUUACAUCGACACCUCAUAUUGCUUGGAUGGCUAGUUGCUCUGUAUUACACCUAAUUGAAGCUUCCGGUCUUCAUGUGGAGUCCCCCUCUAGGCUUCUGCUGGGUGGAAGACCCCGAGUUGUCGAUGCAAAUAUACGCAGAAGGCUAGUUGGGUUUGCACAAUACAUCAACACAUGGGUUUCAUUCGACUUGGGUCGCUCAAGGAUAUCAUUGCAUGAUAUGUCCUACGUUGCGCCAAACAGUCGAGAGGGUGAUUAUACGGUUGAAAUGCUGAAUCUGCUACCUAUUUCAGAGAGCUUGGAAUCACACAAACCAUUGGACGGUGACCAAAUCAGGACAAUGCUUCUCAAUCAGUUCGAAACUGCCCACACACAGCCUCCAUUGGUGCUCUCUCAAUGCAAUUUAAUACUUUGCCUUUUCAGGCGACUACGCGCACUGCAUUGUACCUUGAGUGGGGAGCUUAAGGAUAAGAUUUACACCUUCAUCAGGAGAUCCCUUUCCUGUGCUAGGGAGUUGGCUCAUUCAGGGUGCUCUUGGCCCCAUGUUGCAAGCGUCCCCUUUCAGGUUGUCUGCACGUUGCUUGCGAUUGACACCACUGAGUCACUAUCUCGACUUGCUGAAGCAAUGAACACACUUAAAUCUGUGAUGGAUAGCUAUGAAACUGAAGUCAUGAAAGAGGCGUAUCGCAUUGCAGGUCUACUGAUUUCAUUGCAACAAAAACGGAAAGACAAUGAUGCGAAAAUUCUCAAUGGCAUUGUUGGUGUGCACGUUGACCCUCAGUCUCAACCAAGGAAAGAAUCUCUAGCUGAGGGAUUCUCCGAUAUCCAGAAUUUGGAAUUCCUCAACGGCUUAGAGGGCGAGAUGCCCAACUUGGACGAGCUUGAUUUCACUCAGUUCUUUAUGGCUCAUCAUUCGGAAAGUAUGCUUGGGACAACAUCUUAUAUCUAA